AUGCGCAGAGCAGCCAGCCGCGCCCACGCCGCGCUACUACCAAAGUUGCAAAGCCGGGAGCGGACCGGUCAGAAAGGUGUAGAUCCCGGCAACCGAAGAAAAGAAAGACCGCUCCGCGUUGGCUGCCCGGACCCGCGAGGAACCUCGCUCGAGUGGGAAGCGGCUCCCGCUGCUCUAAAUCGGCUGAAGUGCUGUGAGUGUCCUCCUGUCCUACCUGGGCUGCGUCCUGACACCGAGUGGACUCCGCCCCCGGAGUCCGAGCAUCCUCCACCUCCCCGGCAUCCUGCAACGGCAUCCUGCAUCGCAGGAGGUAUCCGGCCACCUCCCGCUCCUCGCCGGUUCCUCGCCUGCCCAGGUAAAAACUUUACAUGCCUUAAGAUCCGUCUGGAGAGUCGCCGAUUACAGAGUCACCAGUUCUGUGGGUCCGUCCGCUCCCCCGCCCCCCCCCCAAAGAGCCAAAUCUGUCACAUACUCGUCUUUCACAACCUUGUAGAAGAGGAGGAAACACCCACUCACGGCCUCGUGGGAGCCUUACACGCUUGCAGAUUGCAAUGGCAGGCUAAUUCUUCACUUUGUGGGAGCCUCGCUGAGCCCUGCGCCGCUGCCCUGGUGCUGGCAGAAACGACCCAGGUUCUGUAAGGAUGCUCAGGCUUGACUUGCUCAGGCUCUGCUCACCGCCCCGGGAAUCCCACGCACCUGGUUGCUCCUCCUCCCAGGGCCUGUUGCUUGGCGGUCAGGCUCAGAGUGGACUGUGAGCUUUCAAAAAGGACAAAGAUGGAAGCCACCAACAAUGCAGCCAACCGAAUGAGCAUUGCUUUGUAGUUUGCACAAAGUCAAGCCAAUUAUAUUCCAAUAUUAUGUAAUAACAGCAGCCUGCUAACCUACUGCUUUGUUCUAGGUUAGUCUUGAACGUAAUGCCUGAAACAAAAGGUAGAUGCAUUCUACUUGGGAAUGUGAUUGCAGAGAACAGGGAGGAAGGACGGGGUGGCGUGGAGGGUGUUGAAUCUGGGCACAUAGCAAAGAAAAGCCAAUGAAAGCAAGGUAGCAUUGUCAAGAGUUCACUGUUGUUAAUGCUGUGUAAGGCAGGAGCAUAUCACGAUUCUUAAUAAAUUUUGUCUCACAAAUGUCUUUCUGAUAGACAAGAGAGAGAAGCAUUUGUCUGUCAGCAGCCAUCUCUGUGUUGAGGAUUGCUCCCUUGAGAUGCCAACUCUGCCAUCCCUCGAUUUGGUACCACAGCAUCAGAGAAGCCUUGGGUUAGGAGCUGGAUGCUUGGAACGAUGCUUGAAGCACUGUUAACAAAGAACAGGGUCCGACUUUCCAGAACUGUAACCUGAAUCCAAAGUUGUAAAGGCCUGAGCAGUAAGAGGCCUGUCAUAGCCUGCGCAAUAAUACACUUUUAGGCCUGAAUAAACCUGUUCCCACUUCUUCCUUCAA